AUGGUUCGGCGCCAAAUGCCGCCGCGCGCCUGCAAGAGCAAGAGCCAGAGCGCCGCCAGGCCCAGUCUUAGUCCCAGCCGCCUGGCCAAGAAGCCCAGCCUGACGCCGACCACCGGUUCUCAGGCGCAAUCGCAGACCAUCGCAAAGUCGAGGCCCACCGGUCUCGAGACGAUUUUUGAACGGCCCGGCAAUGAGGACGACGGGCCCACCAGCAGCCAUGCCGUGGCAUUCGGCGAGUGCCAGCGCCGCGUCCUCGCCCUGGGUACGGGCGAAAAAAAAAGAACCCUGUCGCAGAAGAGCUGCCUGAAGGUGCGCAACACCUUGGGCGAACGCAGCACCCGGCACAUGAUGACACUGCGGGCGUCCCGCACUACUUUGGACAGCGUAAUGCUCGGGGGCUCGGACGAUGAAGGCGAGUCGGUCGGAGUCGCUCCCGCAGUCGCUCCCGUAGCUGCUCCCGAAGUCGUUCCCGCUGGAGGAAAUGCCGGUACAAAUCAGCCGGCACCAUUAGUGCUGCGCACCAGCAGGAGGCUCAAGAUUCUGCCUCCGUUUUAG